AUGUCCGACAAGUUAUCAAAAACCAUUCAAAGGUUUCAAUCCAAGAUUGAUUCUGGUUCCUUUUACGAAGCACACCAAACUUUGAGAACGAUUACCAACAGAUACGUUAAAGCUAAGCAAUAUCCAGAAGCGAGAGAUCUCUUGUAUCAAGGUGCCAAUAUUUUAAUUCGAAACAAGGAAUAUGCAUCUGCAUCGGACUUGAUUAUCUAUCUCAUACAAAUUUAUGAAGAGGAAGGAUUGAAGGUCACAGACAAAGAUGCAAAACUUAAACUAAUUGAAUUAAUUUCAAACUUGCCAAACAAUGAUCCCCUGCUCAAUGAUUUAGCCAAGACUAGUGUAACGUGGUCACAAAAAUCCGAAGGCUGCAAGAACUUUGGGGACAAUGAAUUACAUCAUUUGUUUGGGUCUAAACUCAUACAAGCGGCGGAGGAGGAGAAUAUAGACCACGAUCAAAAAGUUAAACUUUUUGCCAUUGCUGAGUUGCACUUGGUUUUGGGUACGUUCGAAUCGGUUCCGGUUUAUGUCAACUUUUUGGUUGAAACUGCAAAAGCAAAUCCAGAUGCUGAUUCAGGAGCACUUUUAGCUAGGCCGGUGUUGAAUUACGCAUACUUAAAGAAUAUCAAAUUUGUACAGGAAACACAGUCAUUGUUUCUCAAGAGUAUUAACACCGAGUCAGAAGCAAUUGGAGACAUAAAAUAUUUUGAGAACAAACCGUUGCUCAAUUUUGUUCAGUUAUUGGUUGAGGUUUUACAAAAGGAUCCACCGACAAACAGUCAAAAGUAUAGAAAAUUAUACGAUCACUACAAGCCAGUAUUAAGAGAUGGGGAGUUAUUGGCGCCAGUAGAAUACUUGGGUAAAUUGUAUUUCAACUUAAACAUUGGUAAUUCAAACAAUCAAGGGGGGUUAAUGGCCAAUCUCAUGAGUGGGCUAUUUAAAUAG